AAACUUGGUAUACGGUCCCAACUGAUAACACUCAGUACGCCGUGCUUGCCAGUCUUGGGUUAUCUGAGCUUUCCGGAACGCGAAUGCGAAAUACCUACGCCUAAGCCUCAUAAGCGUCGUCUAGAUGAAAUAACGGCGCACGUGAACGACUGAAAUGUAGAUUGUAUGCUCCGUGACAGUGGGUGUGAAUGGACACCUAGAAGCUACAUAAAGGUAUGUCUUCGUUCAUCGAGCGAACGUGUCUCUGGACGGGUUGCGGGAAGUUUGUGAAGACCAAGCUGGGGUCCAAGUAUGGAGUCUGCCCCGAAUGCCGUCACGUGACCUGCUUCACAUGUAAAGCGGUUCACGAGGGGAUCAGCUGCCGCACUUUCAAGAGUUUCGAAGAGCACCCUCCGGUGGCCCAAAACGAACUUUCGGCACCAGUUCCAGGGGACACUGUAACACGCCAGAUCGAAGCCAGUCUGAAGAAUUUAUCAGUGAGCGUGGCCGAAAGUCCAGAGCGUGAAGAAAACCAAACUCAAAAGUCAUCAGAUGAACAAGAUCUAGCGGACGAGCGGCUAGCUACCUGCCAGUCCGGCAGCUGCAAAUUUCAAGCCUUCGUGGACGGCAACGCCAAGCAGCUCUGCUGUCCGAAGUGCCACAAGAUCACCUGUCUCGACUGCAUGGUGGUGCACGAGUUCAUUACUUGCGUGGAAUACCAAACCAAGAAAAACCCCUUAAUCCUGGUGCCAGAACUACAACGGGAAGGGGCAGCAGCCACACCAACAGUCGCGGCACCAGUGGAGUGUUUCACGGAAAUGCAUAACCCGGCGGCAGCUACGCUUCCCUGCUGCGUAUGCGAAACUUCGAAAUUGCAGGUUCAGAUUGCUGAAGUGCGGCCAUGCUUGCAUCAAGUUUGCCUAACUUGCGUCGAGGGAGGUGCUCGCCAAUCCCCCACGUACCUCGUGCGAUGUCCAGCCAAGGAUCCCGACGGGAGGCGGUGUCGGAGCUACGUCAAUGAUUCGCUGCUCAAAAGGGUCCUUUCCGAGGAGAUUUACCUCAGCCACAAGUCGCUAAUGGGACUGCCCCUCCAGUCUUGUGCCACGGAGGACUGUACGGGAAAAUUCAGCGUCUUGCGCGACAUGAAAACCGCGACAUGCCUAGAUUGUCAAAAGGUCAACUGCAUCCCUUGCAAAGCAAUUCACGAGAACAAGACGUGCGAGGAAUUUUUACAGGAGCUUGUGGCUCGACUAGACGGCGUUCCUCUUCAGAACCUGAACGACGACGACGAUGAUGAUUCCCGGAAUGAAAAGAUUGCCUGCGCCACAGCGGGAUGUGAUGGCAUCGGUCACCCUCUCCCCGGGAACGAACGCGCUGUCUGGUGCUCUCGGUGCAAGCAAGUUACCUGCCUGUUUUGCAAGAGGAUCCACACGGCUGACAUCUGUCCGCAUGCGGGUGGCGACAACUCAGAUGGCGAUGAGAACGAUGCAGAGCUUCAAGAGUUCCUCUUUUUUCUUCAGAGAGCGAUGCGUACGCAGGCUGGAACACCAGGGACUCCUGAAGCUGGUGCUUCUCAGGGUAACACCGACGAUGAAUGAAAACCAGCAAGCUCGUGGUAAGGCUCUCCAUGUUCAGAAGAAAGGUUGACGUUGUACAAGUUUUGCAACGUGUUACAUCCCCAGCAAUGUGACUGACUGAGACAAGAAUGAUUGCUACCCUGUUGCACAAAGACUGUGGAUAUUAAUAGAAAAAAAAAAAUAAUUUGUAACGCGAGUUUUGGUUUCGCAUGUAGGAGUGCAUGAAAGUCCUAAUGAGAAAAAGAAAUAAAAAAGCAUCGACAGAAAUUAAACGUAUUUUUGGUAUCACUA